AUGAAUAACGUGGUUUACGACAGCUUCUCUGAGUGGUUUCUCAUUGCAGAGACAGCUUCAUUGACUGUUUUAUUUGCAAUUACUGUUAUUUCAUUUGCAGUUUAUUUUGUAGAAAUACAAAUUUUAUUCACUUCGAGGAAUUCUACUUUCAAAGGCCCAUUCUACCGUCUUAUGUUCAUUGGAAUUCUUGUUGACAUGAUAUCUGCCGUAAAUCUUUUUGCGUUACAAAUCCUGCCAGCUAGACAAUGGUUAGCAUUAUUUUAUUUUCCGAAUGAAAGCUGGCUCGGUGCAAUUUUCUAUGCAAUUUCGUAUGGAGGUCGUUGUGUCCAAGGAGCAACCGCUUCAAUACUAUCAUUUUGUCGUGUUUGUGCGGUUUGCUUCCCAUUGUUUUAUCAAAAGCUGAGUUAUCCAAAAUACACGUACACAAUGCAAGCCAUCCAACUCUCAGGAGCAGUUGCAUCAGUGUUUCUCUUGCUCCCACGCGAGUACAAGUAUGUGAAUGAGAACGGAGGAUAUUACUCGGCAUUUGUUAACAACGAGUUCAGGAAACCAUUUUUCAAUUUUGUGGCGGUACUCGAAAUUCUUUUUGUUUUGGCAAUUGUUGUGAACAAUUUGGUCACUUAUAUAACGUAUAGAUUUAAACUCAAAAAAAAAGUGUUGUCAAGACGCACUUCGGUGGCCGGAUCCAAAUAUCUUGACAGUAGAGAAAAACAGAAAAAAGAGAGCAGCCUGGACAAAAUGACCGCUAUAGUUUGUAGUCUCGAACUUAUUUAUUUUGCAUUUGUUGUGUACUCUCUCCAAAUAAAUCAAACGAUGAACAAGAGAGUUUUCUAUUUUCUCUAUAAUAUUCUUUGUGUCAUCUAUUCAACCUAUUCAGCGUGGAUGUUACUUUUGUUUUCAAGACCAAUAACUGUGCAGUUUAAGCAGAGAUUUUUAAGGCUUAGCUCAAAACGAUCAACUCGUUCUAUUUCAAUUUCAGUCCAAGGAGGCAGCCGGGAAAAUAACAACAAAUGAAAAGAAAUCAAAUUCAAUUGACUUUUUUGUUGAAUGCUUGUCGGCUCUUAUCUUUUUAGAAAUAAUGAUAACUUUUUCAUGCAUUAUUGAACGGGAUCUUAUAGUUGAAUUGAGAAACACUCGAUUUCGUGAUACUACAAAACACAGUUAUUUUCUUUUCAACAGUUAUUUUCUACAACAGUUAUUUUCUUUUCAAAAUAUCACAACAAAAGUUACAUGAGUGUUUUUGAAAAUUUAUCAGUACAAUGAAACCUUCAAAAACAUCA